UCUCUCUCUCUCUCUCUCUCUGUUUCUUUCUCUCUAUCCAUUUCUGUUCAUCGCCGACAACCGCCAAUUCCCUCCAUUUUAAAGCAAUUACCUUUCUUCUCUGCGUUCUCAGUUGUCACUUGAACUUGGAGGGUGCUGGAUUAUUCUCCAUUCUUCUCUUUUGCAAGUUUAUGCCUGUUUUGCUUUGUGGUAUAGAGAUUUUUGUUUCACUGCAAACGCUUUCAUGAACAGUUAUUUGAGAAAUGUUGCUGGAGGUUGGAGCUUCUAAUCCUGAUUGCAGAAGUCCUUUUAUAAGAUGUAUAAUCUGUUUGUCUGGACUUGAAAGCUAAAUUUCCACCUUAGCUAAUAUUGUUUGCAUCACAAAGAAACUUCCAAUAUCAACUGAUUUUACUUUUCACAUUGGUUUAAGAUGUCAGAAAUUGACAUGGCAGUUGUUAAACCUGAGAUGAUGAAGCCCUAUAUCUGGCUUCAGACUUCAGAUGGUUCAAUCCAACAAGUGGAACAAGAAAUUGCAAUGUUUUGCCCUCUGAUUUGUCAAGAAAUAAUACAAACAGGCUUAGGAUCUUCCAAGAAUUGUGCAAUAUCUCUUCCUCAACGAGUCAGUCCUGCGAUGUUGAGCUUAAUCCUUGAUUAUUGUCGCUUUCAUCAAGUACCAGGUCACUCAAACAAGGAACGGAAGUCUUUUGAUGAGAAAUUCAUUAGGAUGGACACAAAGCGGCUCUGUGAGUUGACAUCUGCUGCAGACAGCCUUCAGUUGAAGCCACUGGUUGAUCUUAUGAGUCGAGCACUUGCUCGAAUAAUUGAAGGAAAAUCUCCAGAGGAGAUACGUGAGAUAUUUCAUCUGCCUGAUGAUCUUACUGAGGAAGAGAAAUUGGAGCCCUUGAAAAACACAACUGACGACCCAAGGAUCAGGCUUUUGAACCGUUUGUAUGCCAAAAAGAGGAAAGAACUACAAGAGCGCGGGAGGUUAAAGAAUGUUGAAGUUGAAGAAGAGCAUGUAGAUGAACGUUCAGUUGAUGACCUUUUGUCUUUUAUUAAUGGAAAUAAUGGAGAUCCAAAGGGGAUUAAAACUUCCAAAAGUAAAAAGAAGAACAGAAGGAAAAAAGAGCAACAACAGAAGAGCUCUUCUUUGAAGGAAGCUUCUGAAGUGGAAGAGAAGGAAGUAAAUGGUGAAAAUAUAAGACACCAAAGUGCUGAGGCUGAUAGAAUUGCUGAGGCCUCAAAUUCACAUGCAGAAGACACUUUUGAUCAUAAGGUGUUCGAUGAUGGAGAUAUAGAUGAUGGAAUUGAUCCUGCACUAAAGGAAAAAAUUGACAGGGAAGUAGAAGAUUUUGCACGUCGGUUGAAUUCUGUCUGGCCAGAAAGGAUGCAAGAAAGGAAGAUAAUGCAUUUUACUCCCAAUGGAAAUGGUUUUCUAAGGCCAAAUUCUCUAACUGAGAGGAUGCAAGAAAGGAAGAUAAUGCAUUUUACUCCCAAUGGAAAUGGUUUUCUAAGGCCAAAUUCUCGAUUGGACUCAGAUUUGAAAUGAAUCCAUACAAGAUUACAAGCCCACCAAGAUGGCCAAUGGCUUGAACAAUUUUGAGAGAUGCUGACAAGCGCUAGAAAACUGUUGCAUGUCAGUUGUUUUCUUUUCCCCCAUUUACUGUUCAAUUUUAUUCUUUGUGGUUCAUUGUUGGUGUUUAGCCCUUGCGCUAUUUGAUGCUGGGCGCUUUCUCUUGUACUUACAGGAAAUAAAUAAGAAAAAGGUUCUCUGAGCUUGUAUGGAAUAUAUUUGUCUUGUGCCUUUUCUUUUGUUUUGUUCCUUUUAUGGGUUCUAAUAUAAAGGCUCAUUUGUUCCUUCAGUUUUAAGUGAAACAAAAAGAAAUUAAAAGGCAUUAAGUUUUUGGAUACUAUUACUCCAUCUUGUGUUAACAAAUUAUCGAAGACCUGUCAUUUUGAAGAUAUUAUUGUAAUCACUCUCCAGGUGGUGUAUCAGUGCAUUAUUGAGUAACAGUGUAAAAGAUUACAUUGAUAGUGGUUGAAAUUAAUGUAAAAAAGAUUGGAGGGCAGAAAUGAAAUAUCCAUAUCUUUGGACCUUGAGGUUAAUCCUGAUACAUAGAUAAUAAUAACUUUUCUAUUUCCUCAAAUUUCCCUUGCCUAAAUAACCUAAUUUUGGAUGUCCUUUAUAUGGAUCAUUUGGAGGUGCUUUGUGUUACUACUAUCCAGUUGGAAUUAAAGCUGCUGGUGAAAAUUGAGCUGAUUCAGAAUUGCUUGCAUGUGAUACAUUGAUAAUUCAUGACAUAGAAUACAGAAAAUAAAAUUUAGCCGACUUCUAUUCACAAUUAGUUUAUAUGUAUCAAAUAAUCAUCAUCAUCAGCAUCAUCAUCUCUGCUUGACAUAGACAUCAUUUUGGCCGGACCCUCAUGGAAGCAAACUCCUUAAAGAUAAGCAUAAAAAACAGUGUCUGUAAGGCAGGAGCUAGAACCAGGAAGUGAAAUCUCUUCAGUCUCCUCACCUCAUACCAUCUAUUUCAGAAAAGGAUCGAAUCUUACAAUAAAGUUUCACAGGUCCUCCAAAAUCUAACUGUUGCGGGGGUUUUCAGUAGUGCUGAUUUAAGUACAUGCUAAAUAUCACUUGGCUGAAAUUUGGUUAUGACAAAGUUACAGAUGUUACAUAAUCUUCUAAGAUUUGCUAUAAGUCUCCUGUAAACUAACACCUAGGAUACUAUUCUGCUGAGGAUUACUGAUUCGUUGAUUGAUCCUCUUGGAUGUGAGGGCAGGUAAUUUUUGGUUCCCCUCUUGUCCAUAAAAUCCUGAGUUCACCUCUCUUCUUUCCCAAUGACAAAAAGGUUCCUGCAAACACAUAAAAAGGGUUUCAAAAACUGGUACUAGUUUUCAUUCAUGCUUUAACUAAAUAUGGCUCGUGGUACAGUGGUGCAUGGAAGGCCUCUAUGACAGGCGGUGAAACGUGUAAGUGCAUAAAGAAAAAGUUGUAAGAAACAUGGAUUAAGCUUUCUAUUGGUUCAGCAAGUUCAACAGCAAAUAGAACAGGUUCAACUAUUUUUUAAUCAGUGUUUGUGUUUCAAAUUUAAUUGAGUUUUGAGUCUUGUAAUUUUACUAACCAAGUGUAAAGGGGACUAUAUAAAGCAAAGCUGGUUGACCAUGCCCAUCCAUCAAGUUCAAAGCCACAUAUGUGAUAAGGAGACCUGCAGAUCAAAAUCCAAGAAAUAUGAUGAAAAGGACCAAAACAUGUAGUCGCCACCUCAACAUUUUCAGACUAAGCAGGCUCAUCUUCAGCCUGAAAGUGAGCUGCCCCAAUUUUGGCUGUAAAGUUUACAGGUCCAAACGUUUUCAUGGAAAAUUAAUCUGCUAACACGUUCUAUCUUACGAAACUACCCCAAGAUCAAAUGGCAUACCUAAACCAUAAGCAGUCAUUGCCCACAAGAAGUAUCCAUCCCGAAGGUUCUUCUUUGCCAACCAAUCAUACCUGUAAAGUUAUCAGUGAAAAAAAAUAAAGUUUAUGAACUAUUAUCAAGGCAGAAAGCAUUAUUUGUCUAGGAUGCUUUUAUAGGAGUUAGUGUUUUAUAGUAGUACAAGGAAGAUGAAUAGAAGAUUUAUGUUAUGACUUUCUACUCAACCUUAACGAAAAUGCAACUAGAAGCCCUGGUAAGAUGAUGUCACCAAAACCAAUGAUGCUGUAACCACCCCAGGGAUCAAACAAACGGGGUAUCUUGAGUAGCAUGGGGAUACCAUCUUCUCCACUCCUAUCACCUCGAGCUACCUGUAAAGAAGUGAAAAUGUUGUAUUAAUUUAAUGAGAAGAAAAGCAUCAUGCUGACCAAGAUCAAAAACAUGCUUUGUGAAGAAUGAUUGGGAAGGGAGAUCCGUGUUGAAAGCACUCACCACUAUCAUCACACUCUCGUGGAACCACCAUUUAGAGACAAACACCCAGAAGAUGUCAUAUAGAAAGGCACAACUGAGAAGAACAGUUCCAACCUUGCAGACAAAAAUGUAUAAAUUAGUGUCUUGUUAAUAAAGUUCAGCAAUGUACAGUAAAUCCAUAUUAAAUUGUUUUACUGAUAUGAAGGCCACCCUUGUCUUUUC